AAAAUUAAAAAAAAAUAGACAAAUAAAACCAUAAAUUAAUCAGAGAGGUCUUCAACCUUUUGAUUUCCCUUCUCGGCCGCCGUCGCCGUUCUAAUCGAUCUUCAAGCUCUCGGCGGCAGCGAUGUCGUACGACGAUGUGGAGAUCGAGGACAUGGAGUGGAGCGAUGAGCUUCAAGCCUUCACCUACCCUUGUCCAUGCGGCGACCUCUUCCAGAUCACCAAGGAGGACCUUCGCGCCGGCGAGGAGAUCGCCCGCUGCCCCUCAUGUUCCCUUUACAUCACCGUCAUCUACAACGCUGAAGAUUUCUCCUUUGACGAUCACAAGAACAAUAUGCCUCCUCCCCAGAAGCCCAUCACUGUCGCUUGAGGGACGGUGGAGUUUCUCUCUAUGAAAUUAGGAAUUUCUGAUGAGAUGCCUAAGUUUAGAUGUUACACUGUCUUACAGUUUGAUCUUAUUGGGAUCAAGAUGGAGUUUGUUAGCUUUACUUGGACAUUUAGUUUCUUAUAGAUGUAUAUUCAAUAUCACCAUUUAGUCCUUACAGGGAUUUUGAUGAUACCCUCAUGUUCUGUUAUUCAAUUAUUUUUCUUAGUUCCCUAAUAUGUUUACAUUUGAUACAUUUAUUUUAUCCAAAGCACCACAUGUUACUUUUUUGGAU